AUGAACAAAUUUUCAUGUCAAAAGGAAGGCCUGAGCGAUGAACGGCUAUCAUUCGCCCUGUGUCCACUCCCACCCAGGUAUGCCAAGGCUGGGGUGCUCCUCCUCGCGGAGAGGUCAGGACAGCUGCCACCCACCCACACGGCGUACCUCCGCCUCCUCCCGGAGACUCUGGACACCCCUGUCCUGUGGACUGACUCUGAGCUGGACUUGCUGGCCAACCCACCAAUGCAAGAAAAGAUCAAGCAGCAGCGGAGGGAGUGGGCAGACCUGUACACGGCCUUCUCGGAGGCCUACUGUGGCCCCUCCCCCGCCCCUGACAAGCAGACAUUCCUCUGGGCGCUGCAGUGCGUCCGAUCCAGGGCCUUCAGUGGCCCCCACCCCGGGCCGCCCAUCCAGCAGCGGCUCGCGUCAGGGGCCGCGCUGUGCACGCUGGGAGCUGCCUAUGUCGUCUGGGCGCAUGUCCCGCUCGAGAGCGCGCUGAACGCCGCCAUCGCAGCCGCCCUGUUCAACCUGCUGUACGACGUGCUCCUGUCGGGGCGCCGGCGCUGGUACGCGCUCCUGCCCGGGGUGGACUCCAUCAAUCACAGCAGCCACGUGGAGAGUGAUGUUGCCUACCGCGUGUUUGGGGACAGCUUUGAGCUUACGACGGGCUCCUCAUUCCAGCCAGGGGAGCAGGUCUUCAUCUCCUAUGGUCUCCAGAGCAACGACACGUUGCUGCAGUACUAUGGAUUUGUGGAGCAGGACAACCGGCAUGAGCGGGUGCAGCUGGAUGUAGCCGACGGCGAGAGCCGUGCCCAGGGCUUGCUGGGCCCCGAUGGCUCAUUCCAAAGAGUUUCAGGCAUGGGGGAGGUCGGCAGGCAGGCCCUCGUGCAGGCUGGAGAGGCGCUCAAGGCCCAGCUGCUGCUCGCCGGGAAGCAGAGCUCAGGAUCGGCGGAGAGAGUUGCGCUGGCUGCUGAGUACCGUGCAGAGAAGAUUCGGUGCUUGGAGCUGGCGAUUGCUGCCCUCAACCGUGCUUUGCAGUGA